AACACAUCGUUGUUGCUGAGCCUCCCUCUCCGCCCGCCAUGACCACCCACAUUCCCUCCCUCACUUUACCCUCGAUCCUGUUCGAGCAGCCCGCUGCUGCGAUCCUGCUGCCGAUCGCUGCAGGUACAGCGGUCGGCUUCUCCAUAUCGCCCAAAGAAACGCAGAAGACCUACAUGGCAUUACGCCAGCCGCCGCUGAAGCCUCCGCCAAAGGCUUUCGGUCCUGUCUGGACUGCGCUAUAUGGCUUGAUGGGAUAUGGUGCAUACCGAGCUUGGACUAUCGGCACAAAUAGCAUAGAUCCGCAGAAGGCUGUUCUUGCCAAGCACGGCGCCACCCUAUACACCAUUCAACUGGGGCUCAAUCUCAUCUGGACGCCGCUGUUCUUUGGCUUCAAGCGACCCAUCGAAGCCUCCAUCGACAUUGUAGCCUUAACAGCUACUGUCGGCUAUCUGGCAUACACCUGGGGUCAAAUUGACGAAGCAGCCGCCUGGUGUCUGGCACCCUAUCUUGCCUGGCUGGGCUUCGCCAACUACCUCUGCCAUGGCGCUGGCUACCUUAACAAUUGGGAUUUCUCUGGAAAGCAACAGCCGAAGCCUGGAAACAAGGACACUACGUUCGUGGAUGAAAAGCCAAAAACCUUGUGACCAACAUAUACCGUAUCUAUUGGACAGCACCUGUGAUACUGUAACAGUGACCAUCGGCAUCUUCCCGAUUUCUGCACAAUUGAAAUGCUAUCUCCAUCGCAACCGCCCUUCGGCAUCUCACCUCCUUCAUCGAGCAUGUAUUGAGCAAGACUCGACUUACUAUGAGCAAACAUUCUUGUGCUCUCAGAAAAGCAGACCACUCUGCUUAAAAUUAUAUUUCGUUUGGCACGCGGCUUUGAAUACAGAAACGAGUUGUCUUCCACCAAGAGAGACAUCAGCCGCGUACGACAGUGAAGCUUGAAGGACGGGUGGCAAGCCAGCGCAGCAUCGCUUAGAAGAAAAGUGGAAAGAGCUCUGCACACUGAGAGACCGCCAUUGCUGGUGGCCUUCCCUCAACACCUAGCAACCCUGUCGAUGGACUUCCAGAAAUGGCAUUAUGCUGUACUUCUGAUUGCAAAGUAGCACUGAUUGUGGACUUGAUCAUUCGGCACUUAUGACCGACACACUUUUACGACUCUUGGGGCGCAUGCAAUUGCACCUUUUCAGACUGGGUUGUACAAAGGCUGGGCCGAAUGUGCAUUGUAAACUGCAGCGUGUAUGGUUGUUCGCCCUUCGCAACUGGCCGCGGGAAGCGGAAGGCGCGGCCUAUUGCGUGCAGCCCAGUUCGAACGACAUGAGAUCUGUCCGCCACAUGGAUCUUGGAAUUAGCGUCGUAGCAAACUGCGAAGUGAACUGCGCACUGCUCACUCAAAGGCCAGCUUGUGAGGCAGAAAUCGAAGGCGCGACCAUACCUGACGAGCCCACUCAUUGUCGGAUACCUUCUACAAGUACAGCAAAACAUAAUAUCUGGAAAAACGAAUACGCUACUGGUCAUCUUCGUCGAAAUACCAUAGCUUCUGUCCUGCAGCAUGUAUUUGGGCGGCCUCAGGAAGUAGCCGCAUUGCAGCCACGAUGGGCCAAUCAGAGAGCCCGGACUUGUAGCCCCUCUGCAUAUGUACAUGUAUCUUGGCGAAGGCAACCACACUUGAAUAAUGCGAACUUCACCGGUCUGGACAUGAUCCGUAGCCUCACUUUCAAUAUGCUUCAUUGCCUUUUCAUGGCUAUCUUCGCACUUGUGUCCUUUCUUUCUUGGUUUCCCCAGCCAGCUGACCCCACGACUCUCAGCUUGUCGGUGUAUGAGUACCUUGGACGAGAAAGCGACAUAAAACCAUUGGCUUCGCCCAAGGGUAAAAGUGCCAACCAAUCUAUUCAGCUUGAAGGACAUGCCCGGCAAAAGACAUCAGAUUCCAACUAUGCCUGGCAGGAUGAGUGUGACACAUCGAGUGCUGGACUGACUGCAACAGACCAAUUAAACACGACCAUUUCAAUGGCAUCAUUUGGGAGCAACAGUACCAAUGGCUUUGGCGGAGAUUCCUACAAUAAUUUCCAAAACUAUCCUAGUCCUCACAACGCCUACGACUUUGGACACACUCAGCAGGCUCAGUUUGGACCUAGAGCAUCUGCUCCAGACACCCUGGAGUUAUCCAAAUAUCAUGACUUGAUCCAGGAUGUAGGUCAGAUUCCUCCCGAGCGGCUCAUCAAGCCUCUACAGAACCAACCUUGGAACGGUCAGCCGCAAGUGCAACGAUUCGUUCCUUCAGCAUGGCCAGGCCAGAUGGCGCCAAUGGCUCGAACCACCAUGACCGAAACAGCUCCAAACCACGACCAAGGCACUUUACGCAGUCAUUCUUACAAAGACUCAGAGACUGUGGACUCGGGGUAUCACUCACAGAUCGCGACUGCUGGGAACCGAUUUUCUGAUUCGUGCAGUUUCAACAAGAAGGAAUUGGAGGAAAAUUAUCUACCUGGCGCUGAUUUCAGACUCGAUCUCGACCAAAAUGAAGAACGCCAUCCAGCACCACCUCAAAGCGUCGUGUCGGACCAGGUCCCUGGAUCUAGGGCUUUACGCAGAAGUCAUACGAGCAUUUGUCCGGAGUGUGGUCGAAAGGCGAAGAACGCUUCCGAUGCGAGAAAGCAUUCAUUUACUCAUGAGAGACCUCACAAGUGCCGGGAGCACGGCUGCGGCAG